AUGAUUCCUACUUUUGAAAAUACACGUGAUCAGCAAUUUACGUUGUAUGCACUUCAUCAAUUAAAUGUAACUGUGGAACAAUUACUUUCAUGGUCCGCUCCGAUUGAUCUUAUUGAAAAAUAUGUAUUCUAUAUCAAUCAAUCAGAUACCAAUAAUAUGUUAUCAACGGAAACAUUUUACAAUUGUACAAAACCGUGGUUCGGUACUCAAUGUCAAUACUCCUUUGGCUUAGGUAUGACCAUGUCAUUAGAUAAUAUUAUCAGAUCAAUUUUGCAGGAGAAAUUUCUAAACGAUCAAAUGGGCGAGAUCGUUCAAAAUCUCACAUGUUACACUCACAUAAAAUGUUAUCGUGGAUCAUCGUUGAUUUGUCUCGACUGGCGAGAAAUAUGUAAUGGACAUAUUGAUUGCAUCGACGAAGGUAAUGACGAAAAUCAAUGUUUUGAAUUGAAAAUAAAUCAAUGUGAUGAAAAUGAAUACAGAUGUGAUAAUGGGUUAUGUAUUCCAAAAGAUUUCUGGCGAGAUGAUGGUAAUAAUCCAGAAUGCCUUGAUGGUAGUGAUGAAUUAAAAAUUGAUACGAAUAAUUACAUGGAACAUUGCGUAAAAGAUCCAACAUUUCGUUGCGAAGAUCUAUCAUGUUCUUUAAAAUUCAAUGAGUUUACUUGUGGUGAUGGCCGUUGUACAACUUAUGACGGUUCAUGUAAUAAUGGGCGACUGGAUUUAUUUAAAGAAUCUUUAUCCAACAAAGGAAUCUAG